AUGGCGAACGCCAAGCUCGCGGUGGUGGCCAUGCUCGUGAUCCUACUGCAAGAAUCCACGUUAUGCGCCAUGGCACAGCACCACGACAGCGGCACCCCCGGGGUCAUGACGUGGAAUGGGUACCAGAGAGGCGAGGACGACGGGCCGUCGGAGUGCGACGGCAGGUACCACAGCGACAGGGACAUGGUCGCGGCGCUGUCCACGCGGUGGUACGAGGGCGGGCGCCGGUGCGAGAGGAUGAUCCGCAUCACCAGCACGCAAAACGGGCGCACCGUGGAGGCCAAGGUGGUGGACGAAUGCGACUCCAAGCAGGGGUGCAAGGACAACAUCGUGGUCACCUCCCUCGCCGUGUGGAAGGCGCUCGGGCUCGACGUCAACGUCGGCGAGGCCCUCGUCACCUGGUCCGACGCCUGA